GUUUUCAUUCAUGUAGAGUCUAUUGCAUAGACCUGAGACAAGUGUGAGAUGAGAAAAGGCAAAGGAAAGUAAAAGACGAAUCAAGUCUGAACAACAUGAAGAUGAUUUUCAUAAUUUUGGUCUUUCUUGUGGGAGGGUUAUGGGAGACUGAAGCUGAGUCAGUAACAGGAGUGCUGGGACGAGAGGUCACAAUAACAUGCUCUCACUCUUACGCGUCCUCCAACGUCAAAUAUUUCUGCAAGGGAGCGUGUGGAUAUGAAGACAUCCUAAUAAGUAGCAGAAAAAAUAAGAAAGCUUCUAAUGGGAGAUACAGUAUUAAUGAUAGUGGAAACACAUUUUAUGUGACCAUCUCUAGUCUGACGGAGAAAGACGCAGGAACUUACUGGUGUGGAAUAGAGAGAACUGGUGUUGACACAUACAAUGAAGUAGUCCUCAUAAUCAAAAAGGGAAACCCUGGCGAUGCCUUGGCUCAAUCAAAUGCUUCAUCCUCUAAGAUACUGAUGUACGUUGGAGCAAGUCUCGGGGUGAUUGUGCUGGCCCUUGCAAUUGUCCUUCUGAUGUUCUUCAGACAUCGAAAGAGAGACACCAGUGCAUCUUCAGGAAAGGACCAUGAUGUGGCCUAUGCAACAGUAACUAUUCAUAAACAGAAUGGACAGAACAUCACUACUUCCUCUUUAACAGCCAAUAAGGAUCAAGACACAGACAGCAGGACUAACGGCUCAUCAACCACUCAGCACCAAGAUACCAGCAAUAUUUACUCCAAUGUGGCCGUUUCAUCCGAGCCUCAGAUCCAACCCGAGGGCCUCUUCUACUCCACUGUUAGCUUCAACAAACACACAGACUGUAGCACUGUCACACCUCACACUGAAGCACCCACAUACUCCGCUAUCAAAAUACAAAGCACAGAUGAAUCAACUGUGCAUGACAAUGCCUGAGCUCAGUGCUGAUCAUCCUCAGUGCUGUAUCUUCCUUUGCUAUAAGAGUUUGAGUUAUGCUUGCAAAUACCCACCACUAUAAUAAUAUUUUGCACUUAUUUAUUUUUUACAUGUAUGCAGGACAGACAUUAUCAGUAACACCAACACAUUCUCACUCUGACCUUGUCACAUACUGUAUUGAUGUGCUUGGUCAUGGACUUUCCACGUCCACAUACGAUGUGCAAGGUACCCUGGGUGAGUUGGUUGUUGACGUUCUGGGACACCGUGUCAAGUUCUGCCUGUUAUAUGCAUUGUCAUUUUUCAAAUACACUUCCAUUUUCACAGGAAAUUUAACUUUCUCAUACAGUCUCUUUCAAAAUAAACACACUACGUUGGUACAACACUGUGAAUUGAAUUUUUUUUUUCCUUCACCAACAAAAAAAGCACACAGUUCGGUUUAGGUAAAAAGAACAGGGUUUGGCUUUAGACUCUUAUGGGAUGCUAACAGCGCUCUCCUGGGUCAAGGCCAGUGUUUGUUGGACCCAUCGACCACUUAACUUUUAUUCUUGUCCUGCCAUGUUUCACCCUGACGCCGCCAAGCGCUAUUAAACUGUACCUGUGACCACAGUUCUUGCCAAUGUUAGCUUUUUUCGUCAGUGUGCGCAAGUCACUGCCCAAGCACCGGGUUUCAACGACUUUGGAGUCUCGGGUGAAGGUUGGUGUUUGUUAGACACAUCCACCACCCCUCCCACCUGCCCCACUUUCAUUCGCUGCCUUAACUUUCGUCCUUGUCCCGCCUUCCUCCCACAGUCCAAAGACAUGCAGGUUAACUGGUGACUCUCACCCAAUGUCAGCUGGGAUAGGCUCCAGCCCCUCCGCGACCCUCAAGGGAAUAAGUGGUUAUGAAAAUGGAUGAAUAUUGUUCAGUAAGUAUA